UGCGCGAAAUAAUACUAGUUACUACACAUAAUACAUUGCUCCGUACACAGCGAAAUUGGGCAGUGGUUGACCGCAAAGAAAGUUGUCAACUUUGUGACUCUUCGUGUGUCACUUUUCACGCAAGAACAACCUCAAAUGUGACCUUCCUCUUGGUCACACCAAGCACCUACAAAACACUCGGUUGCCACCCUCGGCGUUCUCAGAAGCAGUAUCUUCAGUUUCGUUGCGGGAAAGCAAAAUUGCUGUACAAAAUUUACUUGGUUUGCACAAGAUGGCAUCUUCAUCAUCAGUUGAACCCAAGGCACACAGUGUGGCAUCGAUCCCAAAAGCCAGGAAAUCUUUCAAGGGCUCUGCUCCUAAAAAGUUGGCCGAAAACGACAGAGAAGUUUCAUCUCAGGACUUUGAGGAUGGCAUCUUAGAAAGUACAGGAGUAGUGGAUGAAUCAAGUUUGAUUGGUGAAGGAGAGAUGUUGCAUGGCCACUUUAAAGAAGAGAACAAUAAUGACAUAGGAGCGACAGGACUAAAAGAUAAUGCAGCAGUUCGAGAUGUUUAUGACUUUGAGGAUGAGGGUGGUAUAGAUGUCACAGAAGAAGGCAUCGAAGAGAACGACUUUGAAGGCAUCUCGUCCGACGAAGCCAAGGAGCUGUUUCAGAAGAUGCCUCUGCAAGUCCAACCCGUCCGCAUCCGCAAGAACCUCAAGACCAUGCAGUAUGAGUGCCCAGCCUGCUCCUUCACCUCGCUGUACUACAGCGCGGUCUCAAACCACACGCUGAUCCACACCGGCGAAAAGCCCUACCAGUGCAAACUGUGCAACUAUCGCGCCCGCCAGCGCGGGCAUAUCCUAAUCCACAUGCGGAUUCAUAGUGGCAAGAAGCCGUUCAAGUGCUCGCAGUGUAGCUAUUCCACCAUCCAACGUAACCAUCUGCGAGUUCACAUGCAGGUUCAUAGCCAGGACCGACCCUUCCAGUGCCCCGGUUGCCCGUACCGCUCCAAGCACCUCUCUGUUUUGCAAAUGCAUAUCCGUAAGUUCAAGCACAAUCGCACGUUCCGUUGCGAGGAGUGCGAUUACGCCACAGCGCGCAAGCACAAUCUGAUCCAACACAUGUCCAUCCAUACAGGAUCCAAGCCGUACAAGUGCGACAUGUGUCCGUACGAGUCCAGCCAAAAAGGGCACCUGAAUGUUCACAUGCGGAGCCACACUGGCGAAAAGCCGUACAUGUGCCACGAGUGCCCCUUUGCCUCGACGGUACCCAAGUCUCUCAGAGAGCACAUGGGGAUGCAUCAGGGUCAGCGGCCCCACAAGUGUCCGCACUGUUCUUUCUCGACAAGCCAGUCCUUCUCGCUGAAGAAACACGUCGCUCUGCACAUCGCCGAGGUUAAGAAAUUCAGGUGUGGCCUGUGCUCCUUCUGCUGCAGUGUAAAAGAAGACUUUCUGACACAUUGCGCUUUCCACAAACCUUCGACUUACUCCUGCCCUUCCUGCAAUUUCACAACACCUAUCAAGCACCAGUAUGCAACGCAUUUGAUGAGCCACGUCCAUAUGAACGACAGCAACAGUGUCCCAACUGCUGACGACCUAGCCCCUGAUCCCGCUCCAGAUCAAACAGAAAAUGAAAACUCUCCAACAAGCAAGAUGACCGCGGUCCAACAAAAACUUCCCCAAUCCAGUUUUCGUCAUCAAAAUGGCCUCGGCAAGAAAAAGAGCGUAUAUGGUAGAAAUGGGCAAAAACUCAAAAUCAACAUCGGGUCUCUAGUCAGCAAAGCCAAGCCCUCGCCGACAAAAAUGAAAAUCCAGCAAAACGCCGGAAGUGAAUCGCCGUCGAGCUCGCGAUCGUCCACACCGGUUUUUCAAGACCACUACCCCUCGCCUCGAGUUCAGUCGUUCGUUGAGGACCAACCAUCCCCUAAUAAGUCCAAGAGGGUGUUUGUUUGUCUGUACUGCGAUAUCGAGUUGUGGACUCAGGAGGAGUGGGUGAGCCACGAGAUGCGCCAUUUUAAUUCCUGGCCCGAAAUAAUGUAGCCUAGUAUAAACGUGUAAGAGUCGUAGUUGUGUCUGUCACAAGCCAAAUCACAAGACCUUCGUAAGUUGUAAAUGAAGUACUUGUGAUGGAUCAUAAGUACAUUGUAUAUUACAAGUCAGGUCACAAGUCAUAUCACAAGUCAGAUUACAAGUCUGAUAAUAAGUAGCUAGAGAUGCUCAUUGACAAAGGUAAGCCUUUGUUGCAGGUCAUUUGGAUAGGUUUUGACUUAACUGGCAACCAAAAGGCCUGUGAUUGAAUUGCGAUCGAAUGGUUCUGUGAUUGACUUGUGAUCAAUCUACAGUGAUUGAUCUGUUAAGAUUUGUGAGGAUGACUUAAAAUACACUGCUGCCGUGUGU